CCGGCGGCCUUCGCGCGCACUUCCGCCCCACGGCCGCGCGCCCCUGGAGCUCGCAGGCGCGGCUAGGGGGGGUCUCAGCGGCGCGAGGCGAUGAUGUCGCCGGAAGCCGAGACGAUUAAGACACGCUGUCUGGGAUACGCGCGCCGGCAGCGGACGGGAGAGUGACCGGCAAGGAGAGUGGGGGGCCCGGGCCAUGCCUGAGACCUGGACCUGAGCACCGAGGGAGUCCUGCCUCCGCCCGGGCUGGAGCGAGGCCUGCCUCUCGGAGUCGCACCCGCUCACCGCGCGCCCCCUGUUUGCAAGGCCCUGGACGAGGCCGCAGAGUGGAUGAUGGGUGACGAGCCCGACAGCGAAGGUCAGGCGCGCGUGGGGGACCCCGGUCAGGACAGCCCCAACGCGCCGGGCAGCCCCGCGGCCCCGGGCCCCCAGCAGGAGAAGGAUCUGGACGCUGGGGCCGCGGGGCCGGGCGUUCAGCCGGGGCCCUAUAGCUACAUCCGGGCCGGCCUGUUCACCUCGGAGAUCUUUAAGUUGGAGCUGCAGAACGUACCGCGCCAUGCCAGCUUCAGCGACGUCCGGCGCUUCCUGGGCCGCUUUGGGCUGCAGCCCCACAAGACCAAACUCUUCGGGCAGCCUCCUUGCGCCUUCGUGACAUUCCGUAGCGCCGCCGAGCGCGACAAGGCCCUGUGCGUGCUGCACGGCGCCCUCUGGAAGGGCCGCCCGCUCAGCGUGCGCCUAGCGAGGCCGAAGGCUGAUCCCAUGGCCAGGAAGAGGCAGAGAGAGGACGAGGGUGAGCCGCCAGCCUCCCAGGCCACCUGUAUCGCUGAUGUAGUGACCCCUCUUUGGACCUUGCCCUAUGCAGAGCAGCUUGAGCGGAAGCGACUGGAAUGUGAGCAGGUGCUGCAGAAGCUAGCCAAAGAAAUUGGGAACACCAACCGUGCUCUGCUGCCCUGGCUACUGUCACAGAGGCAAAAGCAUAACAAGGCUUGCUGCACGCUAGAGGGGGUCAAGCCGUCACCCCAGCAGACUGAGUAUCGUAACAAGUGUGAGUUUCUGGUCGGCGUAGGGGUCGAUGGGGAAGACAACACGGUAGGCUGCAGGCUUGGCAAGUACAAGGGCGGUACGUGCGCUGUAGCAGCCCCCUUCGACACUGUGCACAUACCUACGGCCACCAAGCAGGUGGUGAAGGCCUUCCAGGAGUUUAUCCGGUCCACUCCAUACUCUGCGUAUGACCCGGAGACAUACUCAGGUCAUUGGAAGCAGCUGACCGUGCGUACCAGUCGCCGCGGCCAAGCCAUGGCCAUUGCCUACUUCCACCCACAGAAGCUGAGCCCUGAGGAAUUAGCAGGGCUGAAGGCCUCUCUGGCACAGCACUUCACAACGGGUCCAGGCAAGGCCAGCGGGGUGACCUGCCUCUACUUUGUGGAAGAGGGCCAGCGAAAGACCCCCAGCCAGGAGGGCCUGCCUCUGGAACAUGUGGCUGGGGACCAGUGCAUCUAUGAGGACCUGCUGGGGUUGACCUUCCGGAUCUCCCCUCAUGCCUUCUUCCAGGUGAACACACCCGCAGCUGAGGUGCUCUACACAGUCAUCCAGGAUUGGGCCCAGCUGGACGCAGGGAGCACAGUGCUGGACGUGUGCUGUGGAACUGGCACCAUUGGCCUGGCCCUGGCCCGAAAGGUGAAGAGAGUUGUGGGGGUCGAGCUGAGCCAGGAGGCUGUGGAGGAUGCCCGGGUGAACGCCCUGGACAACGAGUUGAGCAACGUCGAGUUCCACUGUGGAAGAGCUGAGGACCUGGUGCCCCCCUUGGUGAGCAGACUGGCCUCCCAGCAGCUAGUCGCCAUCCUGGACCCACCGCGUGCUGGCCUGCAUUCCAAGGUGAUCCUGGCUGUCCGCAGAGCUGAGAACCUCAGACGGCUCCUGUACGUCUCCUGCAGCCCCCGGGCAGCCAUGGGCAAUUUUGUGGACCUCUGCAGGGCCCCAUCUAACCGGGUAAAGGGCAUGCCCUUCCGGCCGGUCAAGGCUGUGGCCGUGGACCUGUUCCCACAGACCCCGCACUGUGAGAUGCUCAUCCUGUUCGAAAGGGUGGAGCACCUCGAUGGCUCAGGGGCUGUGGAGCUCCUGGACCCUCCAUCCCCACCCCCACCAGAGCCCCUAGGUGACAUCCUGCAGGAAACUGGGGCUUCCCCACCUUCCUAGGCCCCUGGGGCAGUGGAAACCAGACCCCAUCACGGGCAGAAAACAGAGCUCUCCAGUCUUCACACUGCUCUAGGACACUCAGAUAGCAGCUGCAGAGAGCAUGAGACCUGUGCUCCCCCUUCACCUGCCCCUCCUACCCCCCGCCAUCUAUUUUGGACUAGUUGGGCCCCAAGGGCUGGAAUAAACGUGCUGAACUACG